AUGAGUUCAGUGUGGAUUGAUGUUCAUUACAAAGACCAGGGGUUUGAUGUGAGGAUUGAGGAUACUGACAGAACAAGUCUAAUGGACUUGUUUGAGUACAUGUUUGAGGAUUCAGAAAGGCAAAAUGUGAUCCUUCCCAAAUACUUUAGUUUGUAUGUAAUGCCUCCUAGGACUAAUAGGAAGUUAGAGUUAACUGGGGAUACUCAAAUGCUGCAAAUGUGGGAUUGGUAUGAAGGUAGGGAAACAAUACAAGUGUUCUUAGAGGAGAAGAGUGGACCUAGUGUGGUGUUUAAGGAUGCUGUAGCUAGUUGGGAAAAAAGGCUUAAGGCAAAGGCUGAGAAGGAGAGAAUAGAACUGGAAAAGGCCAAGAGGGUGGUUGAAGAGCAGGAAGCUGAGAGGGAGCUUAUGGAACAACAACAGUAUCAAGUUGCAGUUGAGGUUCCUGUUGUAAAUGCAGAGGAGAUAAAUGAUGUUGAAUAUGUUAGAGUUUUUGCCACCCUAGAAGCUGAUGUGGUAUUUCCUGGGGCAUCACAGCCUCAACCUGAACAAAGUACACAACCACCAACUCCACCAAAAAACUCUCAACCAGCCUCUCCUUCUAACCAGCCCAAGAAUCCAUCAGCUAGGAAAAAAAGCACUCCUAGGAAAAAGAAAACCACUCCCAAAAAAAGAUCCCAACCCCCUCCUCAACCACAACCCUCCCCACCAGUCCCUGAACCACAACCCUCCCCACCAGUCCCACCUGUCCCUGAACCACAACCCUCCCCACCAGUCCCUGAAUCACAAUCCUCCCCACCAGUCCCUGAAUCACAACCCUCCCCACCAGUCCCUGAACCACAACCCUCCCCUGAUCCUUCCCAUGUACCUGUCAGUGAAGAAACAGAAGUCCCACCUCCACCUCCACCAUCUGCUCCAGCAAAAAAGGGGAGAUCAAGACCUGAGGGAUUUAGGUCAAAAAAGACUGCUUCUAGCAAGGGUAAGGGGGUUGGUGUCAGUCUGAGGAGAUCAGCAAGGAACAUGGCUGUUACAUAA